AUGCUUUAUGGGCUGCAAGACAAAGAUGGCAGCUAGAUGCGGCCAGAGUGGAGGAGUUUUGACCGCAAAACUAUGCCUUUUUCUGAGAGUGGAGAAUGCGCAUACUUUUGCGAAUUAGUCAGAAAAUGUCUCCCUUGUCGAUUUGUGAAGUUAAGUGACUAGCCCAAAAUUCCUGGCUUUCAGGAGUUAGUUUGAAUUGAAAAUAUGUCGGACAACAAUUACAAAAGUCUUUUACAAAUUCACUGCCAAAAAGCUAAGGUCCAACUUCCUCAAUACAGCUGUGCGCAGAGGGUGCAGGGUUUCAGUCCAGUUUUCGUGGCUAAUUUGACCGUUUUGGGGCGGACUUUUACCAGUGAAGCUGAGUUUAGUAGCAAGAAACAAGCAGAAAAAAAUGCGGCUAAAGUAGCUUUGCGCGAGUUAGGGCUGCUUGAUACAGGUGAGCCUAAUGCAUCACAAGAUGACCGGAAACAGACGCCUCUGGCUACUAAUGACGGUUCUGAUGGUCCACACUCGAAUCCCGUAUCAACAUCAACAGCAGCUGAAUCACAAGAAGACACACAGCCACCAGCAUUAAUGUCUUCACCAGAAGUUUGUAAAACAGGUUUGGGUCAGGUUCCACCUAUUUCUCCUGUGGCAGAAGUUGUUGGAACACUUCUUCCUGUUACCUCGACUCCAGUUUCAGCAGCAAAGAAUGUUUCUUUAUCAUUCAAGAACGUCCUCCAAGAAAGAGCGCAGAAAAUGGGACUAGCUCUCCCCAAAUAUGAGACUACAAUAGAGGGCUCUGGUUUUGUCUGCACUGUGACCUUUAAUGGGCAGCAAUUUAAGAGUGACGGGAUCUCAUCUAACAAAAAACUAGCCCAACAGAAUGCAGCAUCAGUAGCCAUCAAACAGCUGAAUUCAGAGCAAGGAACAGAGGGGAGCUCUCUGUUACUUAAAACUGACGGGUCACUAGGAAUACAGAGCCCUGCAGCAAUUCCAGAAAAGUUUGAUGCCACAUUGUCUUACAAGAAUCUUUUUCAGGAGAACUGUCAGCAGAGAGGAAACAAACCACCUACAUACUCAACUUCAUGGGAUGGAUCUGGUUUUGUCAGUUUUGUUCAUUUUGGCGACAAGACAGUAUCAUCCAGUGUACCAUGCACCUCCAAAAAACAAGCGGAACAAUUGGCAGCUCGGGAGGCACUGCUGGCCAUUGGAGUUAAUGAUCCAGAGAAUGCCUUCAGGAACAAAGGAUCCAGGAAAAACAAAUCAAAAAGGACCAUUACAGCAGGGACAGGAUUUAAAAGAACCUGGGUACAUUCCCAUGGAGGACAAGGACCUCAACUUGAUGCAUGGGGAGGUACAGAUUACUUUUGGGAACAAGGUACUGCAAGCAAAAGAUUUAAAUUGGAUCCAAAUGAAUCCCCUGCAAAGAGGAAUGGGAAAUUUGAAGGAACUACAUUUGCUCUUCCAAGAGAACACAGGCAGGACUUGACAGUCGGUGAAAUCUGGAAGGAGAAGAAAAAUAUUGUCAUAGUUGGGAAUGCAGAGUCAUCAUUCAUUUUGUACUGUACAAGAGUUCCUGGAACUUGCAACAUUUUCAACACUCGCACAAUGUCACUAGUUCUGCUUGAGCCUGGUCAUCGUAUAGUAGGUCUUGAUGCUUGUUAUACUGAUCAUCAUGGUAAAGUUGCUCUUCAAGCUGAGAGGUGUGCUGAUGUUGUCAUUCCUGAAACACCAGAUCCUGUGUUGACAAGCUGUGGUGUUGUGCUUCUGUAUCAAGAUCCACAGUCAAGUUCACUCCAGGUGCUUCUGAAACGUUAUCUUUCCAGUCAAGCAUUUGUCAAUGUAGCAGCAGCAUUAGCACAGUAUUUCCGUCGCAUGGUGUCUGGCCGCCCUGUGCAGCUGGAUAUUCAAAGUUUGACAGAACACAUUGGUGGAUGGAUGUUAGAGGAGGUUCUAAGUAUUGCUGCAAUGCAUGAAGCAGCUCUUCAUCAACUGUUUUCUCACAUGUGGAAGUUUAGUAAGAGAUGGUGCUCUGUACUAAAUCCUCCUCUUCCACAAGAUCUUGAAUUACUAAAGGCUAGAGCAGAGGAUGAACUUGCCCGUCGACAGGCAAGUAAUGUUCAGCACUCGGAAGAUUUCUAUCAUCCUUGGAGUCUUCCAAAAGGAAACUUCAAACACAGAAUGCUCUCAACAGGCCUAUUUAUUGAACCAGCUGUCGACUGUGCAGUGAGGGAGCUAAAGGAAGAGACAGGAAUUAAGUUGGACAUAGAUGAAGUGAAAAACAGUCCUUGGAUUGACUUGCUACAGACUGACAAUUUUAAUCCCCAUAAAGGCGAUGUGGUGAAGUAUUUCCUGUAUGUGUAUCAGCCAGAUGCCAGCGAAGAACUGAAUAUGUCACAAGAGUCAGAUCUGGGAAAUAGCUCUACUGAGUGUGAAGCAGAGCAAAUCAAAGAUGGAGUGGAAGAUUCAUUUCCAAAGUUUCCUGCUCUCGACACAUCAUCUGAGCAAGAGAUAGUUGAGAAAAGACAGGAUGACAAAAAGGGUGAGGAGGACCUGUACGAGUUUCAAAAGGGCAUCCAAGAAGACUCUAACAGCUUGAACAGGGAGAUGGAAAAAGAUAUUGCCAAUGAACCCUUACAGUUAGACCAAAAAAAUGUUUCUGUUGACAUUGAACAGUGUACAUCUAGUAGAAUUGAAGAAGUAUUAGAAGAGAAAAGGGGCAUUAAGCGCAAGAGAGAUGAUGAUGAUGAUGAUGAUGAUGAUGAUGAUGAUGAGUAUGAGAUGAACAACAAAAGCUUACAUGGACCACAAGACACCUUCCUCUUGCCAGGAAUAUCCUCAACACCAAAUAACUGUGACAACUCACUUGGCUCUUUGACCACGCCCAUGCCUGAGGAUAAACAAGAACUGAUCACAGCAAAGUCCCCUUAUGUUCAGGGAAGUGUACAUGAGGAGUGUGCUUGGUUUACAAUUGAGGAGGCUCGCAUCAAAUCACCAGUUUUUGAACAGAUAUACCAUACAGAGCAAUUCACACAACUUCUAGCUUCCAUUUUGACAACAGAAAAGGGGUAGCUGUAUUUAUACAUCAUCUCUAGUUUCAAUGUUUUGGAAUUAAUAUAUUGAAACAAUUGUCUCAGCAUGAUUCAAUUGCUUGCAACUCAAGGCCCUGGUUUGCAUAAUUGCAACAGAUAUGGCCAACAGAAGCCAUGUGCCAUUUGUGUAAUUACAGAUUGUGCUUUGGUUCCAAACAUUAAAUUUUUGUGGAAUCAUAUCAUUAUGCAACUUGGUUAUGACUUGCAAACUCUCUCAGAGUAAUACAUGUAACUAAGAUCUGCAAGCUGAUGAUCAACUUUUUAACCAAUUAUAUUUUAUUUACCGUAUUUUUUAGUAAAAACCUGAUCUGCUAGAGGAACUUAUUUGAACUGGGUCUUUUUGCACUGAUCUGUACAUAUCUAUAUCCAUCUCUUAGGAUACACACAACAGUUGUUUAAUUGAAUAUCCACUUCACCCAAAACUUCAUGUUGUAUUUUAUAAACUGUUUUUGACACAAUAUUUGUGCUGUAGCCAUUUCCUUGUCUGCUAAUUAUAACCAUUUCACACAUAAUCAAAGCAACACAGACAUGCUUGAUGAAUACAUGUUUAUUUGUACCAAGAGUGCAGCCAUUAGCAUUCAUACCCUGACAAAAAAGGUCAAUUUCUAAACUACAACAAUUUUAAAUUACCUAUACACCACAUGUAUAUUAAAGGCAGGCUUUCCUUGAAAUCAAAUGUUACUGGAUAGUAAUAUAGUGGUGCAACUAUAUAAGAAAGUUCAAGCAACCACAGUUGAAACAACAAGGGCAAGCUGUAUCAAAAAUCAUGAUCUAUUUUGUGUAAAGGUUUUGUAAUGAUCUAGAUCUACUCUGUUCAGCCGUCUUAAGUAACUGUCAUAUUGCUGAAUAUGUAAAGGGCAAAAUCAAGCCUAAAAGAAGCCAGUGACAAUCACCACAGGAUUGUUGUUUUGAAGAGGACAAAAAAGAAAAUGUAGCAUGAUGUACAUAACAAUGUUAUUGCAACUUUCUUGUUGCCAUUACUUUUAUCAUUCACUUGAACUUCCUAUAUUUAACUACCACCACCACUGCAAACAAAAUGAUAGUGCUCAGCCAAGGUCAUUUUAGGAAACUGCCACAUUACAGACAUGUGUUACCUAAGACAAUCAUUUUUAACAAUGCAAAUAGCAGUUUGCAGAAGCAGUUUAACAGAGUGUAUUUCUAUUUAGCAGUAUGUUAUUAAAAUAUAAAUGUUGUAUCAAACAACUGAUCAAUCCAAUCUUACCAGCAGAUGUCCAAACAAAAUCUUCACUUUUUUAACUAUCCAAGCUUCUUUUGUGUUAAUGGAUUAGCCAGUUUCAGUCACAACAAGCCAAGUCAUCCAUUUUUAUUUGACUUGCGUAACAAAAGUUCAUUUGUGGAAACUGUUAAAAAAUGUUUUGGACUUAACAAGGUCCAAACAUUUUUGUCACAAAGUUGACUCCAACCCCUUGAUCUACCCACAUGUCUAUGCUGUAUUAUGAUUAAAAUAAACCUAGAUGAUUGAAGACUUACAUUUUCCAACAUAUUUCAAACACACUUUUAGGAUAGGAAACAAUUAAGCUCUAUAAAACUGUGUUCUUAUAAAAUAAAUAAAAUUGAUGGGAAAACCAGCCCUUACAACAUAUUUGAAAACAAUAUAUUUUUCAUAAUCUUUCAGUGCCACUGGUAUUAAAUUCCACUAUUUAUUAUGUGACUGAGAAAAUUACUUCACUGUGAUUGGCUGAGAGCAUACUAAUUUAUUGUUAAUCCUUAAUUUGAGCUGCAGCACAAAUAAACGCGCACAUGUUUGCAAUUUUCUCAGUCGUAUAAUAAA